GGUUUCUUUUCUUCUAAAACCAACAUGGCCGGCGCUCAAUUCGAGUACGAUGAAAAAGGCACCACUUUCUAUUAUUUCCUUAUAUCAUUCUUUGGUAUAGUCCUCGUACCCGUAACCUAUUAUGUCUGGAAGAUCACAAAAUUACCAGAUGAUCAGAAAAGAGCCGUUAAGAUAUGUAGAUGUCCACCCUGCGUAGAAAAACGAGAGCUUUUACGAAAAAAAGAGCCGAAAUCAAAAAGUAUCCGCUAUGCGAGUCUUUCAGUUUUAGCAGUUCUUUGGGUUUUGUUUUUCGUUGGAGCUUAUAAGAUCUCUCAGUUUGAGAAAGACUUCACCGAGUAUGAUCCGUACGCUGUGCUAGAGUUAGAUAGGGGCGCAACAACAGCAGAUAUUAGACGGCAGUAUCGGCGACUAAGUAUGAAAUACCAUCCUGAUAAGGACACAGGUGACCCACAGAAGUUCAUGAGAAUAGCAAAGGCUUAUGAAGCGCUAACAAAUGAGGAAUCAAGAAAAAAUUGGGAAGAGCAUGGUAAUCCUGACGGACCGGGAGCAACAAGCUUCGGUAUAGCUUUGCCCUCCUGGCUUGUAAGCAAGGAAAACUCCAUGUGGGUAUUGGGAGCUUAUGGACUUGCUUUUAUGGUGAUUCUCCCAAUUGCAGUGGGAACCUGGUGGUACAAGUCAAUUCAGUACAGCUGUGAACAGAUUCUACUGGAUACUACUCAACUGUACUACUACUUCUUUCACAAGACACCUACCAUGCAGACUAAACGUGUGUUAAUGAUUUUGGCUGGAUCCUUGGAAUUUGAAAAAGGUCACAAUAACGACAUUCAGGAGAGACCAAGUGAUAAUAUAGAAUUACCAGAGUUGAUGCGUGACCUGCCCAACCUUGGAGAUAAAAAUAAAGAGCCGCCCCUGUGCUACCCUUACAGCAUCAAGGCAAGAGCUCUGAUCCAUGCUCACUUGUCACGGUUAGAGCUUCCCAGAAUCACACUCAAAACAGACCUUGAUCUAGUGCUGCAGAAGAGUCCAUUCCUCAUCCAAGAAAUGGUCAAUUGUGUAGGACAGCUUAUAGCUAUGGCUAAAGCUGGACGAACCCAAAACAUGCCACGACUUGAGACACUUGAGAACUGUAUGCGUGUAAGUCAAAUGGUGAUACAGGGACUCUGGGACAAUAAAUCUCCCUUGUUACAACUACCACAUCUUAAUCAGGAGAAUUUACGACAUUUCAACACUAAAAAGAGGAGUGUUCGUUCCAUUAGACAGCUGGCAUCCAUGAAAGAUGAAGACAGGAGAUCCCUUUUAAGGAACCUGACUGGCGAGCAGUAUGAAGAUGUGAUCAAUGUUUGCUCCAUGUUUCCUGUCAUUGAUAUGGUAGUUAAACCACAUGUCCUUGAUGAUGAAGACGAUGCAGGUCUUAUUACAACUGGUUCAAUAGUGACUGUGUCAGUUACAGUAAAAAGACGAAACCUCGGGGAAUUCUUUGAGGAGGAUGAUUUAGAUGAUCUGCCGCCCCUUGAGAGUGUUCACCCAAAUGAUACAAUGGAACCUAAGGGAUCACCCCAGGCAGGUGGACAGAAGGUUUGGCAGAAAAACAAAAAGAAAGGCAAAAAAGCCAAGCCACAAAAACAACAACCCAAGAAAAAACCCGUGAAACAACAGCCUAAGAAGAAAACUUCACAAGAGGAGAAAGAGAAAACCCACGAAGAAAAAGAGGAGCCAAGUGGAAAAAAGAACAAAAACAAGGCGACCAAGCGGGAAGAAGACGAAGACAAAGAGGAAGAAGACGAGGAAGAUGUGGAGAUGGAGAAGGAAGAAGCAGACGAGGAUGAAGAAGAUGAAGACGAUGCUGAAGAAGAAGAAACAAACGACAAGAUUGAAGAGAUCAAAAAACCGAAAAGAAAACCUGAUCAAGACGAGUCUGAUCUGGAUAGUAGCAGCCUCGGUGAAGAUGAGGACAGUGACGCUGCCCAAGAAGACGCUAGCGCUCGGGAAUCCGAAGACGAGGCCGAGUGGGACCGACUGCAAGCCGACGUCAAGGGCCGUGAUCCUAUCUUGGAUCCGAAGUCGAAAGAAAGUCAUAUUGUCCAUGCACCUUAUUUCCCAGAGGAAAAGCAAGAGUGGUGGUGGAUAUAUGUCACGGAUCGCAGGAAAAUAGAGCUCAUAACACCGCCUCAACAGAUAUUUAACCUAAAAGAGGAAGAAAAGGUGGAUCUGAGAUUUCAAGCUCCUCACAAAGCCAAAACGUAUCAUUACACUGUCACGUUACGAUCCGACUCUUACUUAGACUUCGAUGUUCAUCAGAAUUUCAACAUCAACGUAGAGGAAGCAAAAGAGGUCAAGACGAAACAAUGGGACUUUGAUUCGGAUGACGAGGAUAAAGAUGACAUAGAGGAGAGUGGAGAGAGUGAAGAAGAAGAAUAUAGCGACUAAAGACAAAUAACUAAAUCAAUUUGCUGCUUCCCUCUGGAGUUUGUAGACCCCGCCCGUGAGAGAAUGCUUCCUGAAAAUUUGGGGUAGGGACUUCAAGAGGGGUGUGUACUGAACUGUUCACAGAAGCCUGACCUUUUCAUCUAGCUACGAUUUUUGAGGACUUUCUUCAGAGCUGAUUUGUUAGUUUGACGAUUUGUACCCCUAAUCGGUAAAUUGUUGUGUUUGGUUCUGUACUUCUCUGUCAGAGAAUACUGAUAUAGUAAUUCCAGUUUAAAAACGCCAGGAUGUUCGUUCUGUUGAAACGCUUAAGUGCAGAGAGCCACGCGAUACACGGUGUACCAAAACGCUGUUGUUAUUCCAGUCAAAAUCUGCAAAGCUAGAACAAUUAACUUCGGAAAUACAGUAGGGCACAUUUAAUGGCCAUAAAUUUACCCUACGGUAUUUCUUGUGUUGUAACUUGACAUAUCAGAUUGUCGUAUAUUCUCCGUAUGGCGGCACCGCCACCNCCCCCCCCAACUUAUCUGUAGAAGUACUCAACUCAAUGCUCUAAAGGUUUGGACCCUUUCUUACUCAAGUGUCCCCAGACAAUGGGUGGUAAAGUAGUAUUUAUUCUGAAGAGAGUAUCGAUUUUGAAAGAGAGUGAAUAUUUUAUUAUAUUUUAUUCCAUUGGUAAAUCUCUUUAAAUACGUGUAGUUUGUAUUAGACGUCAGAAGCCCGUAGGCAGUUUGACUGAACCAUUGGAAUCUAAGUCGUAAUAACAAGGAAAAUGUCAUUGGCUAUUGAAGACUCAAAAAUGACCAAUUUACACCGCCCUCUUGCUACUGUACUUUAGGCAAACAGCAAAUAGAAUACAAUGUUUGAACGGAA